CAACGGCGCUCUUUAAGCUCCGGCGCACGAUACAGAGCAGCCAUUCAUCGCAGGGCAAACUGAACGAGGGGGCAGGGGACGGAGCACGAGCGUCACACAGUUCUACAGUGGAGCGCACGAACUCCCGUAUUGAAAGAGCGAGUUCUGAAACUGCACAUAGGUGUGCGCAAUAUCCCGAUUGAGGGGAAAGGGGCGCGCAAAGGGAAGGAUUUUGACGAAUUUUACGCACGGCUCUGAGUAUGCCUUGGACAGUUACGCACGCAACGCAUUGCAUGUGAAAAGCAAGAAUCAGGUUCGACACAAAUCCGCUUAAAGUUCUGACAGCUUCAAAUUUUGAAACUUUAUUUUACACGGAACUGUUGUUUGAUAAAAGAAAAUGUCCGGAGAGGAUCACAGCUUGUCCGAGGCGGAGUUGAGUCCCGGGGUCUCCGAUGAUGGCCAAUCGCUAUCACCGGCGCAUUCCGGGGCAAACGGUGGUCGGGACUCGCCGCUCAACGGCCAGUCACAGCAGCUGACCGGGCUUUGUGGCGCGGAAGGGGGGGAAGACGGUGGAUUAGUUGCCAAGACAGAACAAGAGGAUGGCCGUUUUCCCAUUGGCAUUCGCGAAGCUGUCAGCCAGGUGCUCGACGGAUAUGAUUGGACGCUCGUGCCCAUGCCCGUGCGCGUAAAUAACGGGAGCAAGAGCAAGCCGCACGUGAAGAGACCCAUGAAUGCCUUCAUGGUAUGGGCGCAGGCAGCGCGCCGGAAACUGGCGGACCAAUACCCUCACCUCCACAACGCGGAACUCAGCAAAACUCUGGGGAAAUUGUGGAGGCUCCUGAACGAGAGCGACAAGAGGCCUUUCAUCGAGGAGGCGGAGCGCCUGAGGAAGCAGCACAAGAAGGACUACCCAGAGUACAAGUACCAGCCCCGGCGCCGCAAGAACGGCAAGCUGGGGGCCACCUCCGAGACCGACAGCCAAGGGGAGGGUGAAGGCGGCCACGCCCCGGCCCACUACAAGGCGCUGCACCUGGAGCACGGCGGCCACAACGGAGGGGGCGCCGGGUCGCCUCUGGCGGACCUUCAUCAUCACCAUCAUCAUCACCACCAUUCUGCAGGUCAAGGUCACAGCCCUCCCACACCCCCCACCACCCCAAAGACGGAGCUGCAGUCUGGGAAGAUGGGCGAGGGGAAGAGGGAGGGCGGAGGAGGGUCAGCGGGUUCCCGCGGAGCCCUGGGGGUGGGGGUGGUGGUGGGGGUGGAGGGCGGCACCGGCUCUUCCUCAGCAGGGGGUAAACCCCACAUCGACUUUGGCGCCGUGGACAUCGGCGAGAUCAGCCACGAGGUGAUGUCCAACAUCGAGCCCUUCGACGUCAACGAGUUCGACCAGUACCUCCCCCCCAACGGGCAUCCCGGAGUCGGCCAGGGCGCCGCCGCCCCCGGUUCCUCCGCCACGUCGUACGCGUACGCCCUCGCCGCCGCCAGCGGACACUCGGCGGCCUGGCUGUCCAAGCAGCAGCAGGCCUCGCCCUCCCCCACGUCCUCCGCCUCCUCCUCCGACCCCUCCAAGGCCCAGAUCAAGAGCGAGUCCGCGAGCCACUACGGCGACUCCCCCUCGUCGUCCUCGGCGUCGGGGGCCCACGUCACCUACGCCCCCCUCAGCCUACCCCACUACGGCUCGGCCUUCCCCUCGCUGCCCUCCAGGGCCCAGUUUGAGUACGGGGACCACCAGGCGACAGGGGCCUACUACACUCACUCCAGCCAGGCUCCAGGGCUGUACUCGGCCUUCUCCUACAUGGGGCCCACACAGAGGCCCCUGUACACCACCAUAGGAGACCCCUCCAGUGUUGCUCCUUCCCACAGCCCAACACACUGGGAGCAGCCCGUCUACACCACCCUCACGAGACCCUGAGAGAGAAAGACGUAGUGUGUGUUGAUGUGUGUGUAAAUGUGUGUGUGUGUGAAUGUGUGUGUGUGGGUUUGAAACUUUCCUGAACCCUUACCGAAAGUUUGCGCUUUUUAGCCAAUUUAAUGCCAGAUGAACCCAUAGUGGCCUUUUAUACUGUUUAAUAUUUCAACAUAAAAACAUCACCUUUCCUGCCACACAGACUGAGAAUCAAUAGUCGAAAGCCAAUCAUGUGCCAUUUGUGAGUUCAGAUUGGACUGUUUCCUUUGGAGACCUGACAUUCUGCAUAACCAGUAAAAGACCAGAGUUAUCAUGGUUGUCGUUGAAUUGAUAAAAGAUAAUGUGGGGCCUCAAGGAUUGGUACAAUUGGGUUAAACCUGAAGUAAUAUGAUUAUAUUAACCAAACUAAAGGAAAUGUUUGUGAUGUCAUUCAUAGUGUUAUUUUGUAUGAGUAGUUCAUUACUGAUGUUGACAUUUUUUUGCAUAAUUGUUAUCAUUAUGAUACUACAUUUAUCAUGUUGGAAUUUAAUAAUAUACUUAUACAUCUGCACCACUGCUUUGGUAAAAAAAAUUACAUGUGUUUUUUUAUAUAAACGUAGGUAUAUUCUAUUAAGAUAAUGAUAGUAGGAGUUCUAUUUACUUAUUUUAUUGUCGAUGUGUGGCGCCUUCCUUUUCAAGGACUACAGCUAAACAGGUUAUGGGAGAAAAGGAAAAAGAAUAGGGAAAAAUAAUUCAGCUUGCAUACAUAUCUUCUGAACAUCACAUUACCUCAAUAUACACGUGCCAAUAGCACUAAAUUGACUGCAUCCUAUGUCAGUUUAAUCCUCGAACAUGUGGUAGCCUAUUGACAAAGUAAUGAGUAAAUUGCUGUGUGUAUCAUGACAACAAAACGACGUCAACCCAUAAUGAUUCCAGUCACACGUCCUUUUUAUGGGCCUGACAAUGACUUUCCUUUUUUGCUGACGCUAUUUAGGCCUACAUGCAGUAGGCUAAUUACAAAGAAAAUAUAAAAGAUAACUGCAAGCAUAAGUCGCGGUUAUCAUUUUUACAAAAGAAAAAUACAAUUUCUAAGGACAACAAUCACAACUGUUAUGAAACAAACGUAGAAGGCUACGUCAUGCUUUACCUAUCGCACUGCUGAUUCAUUAACCGACGUCAAUCUGUCUAUGCAAUGUAAAUUACGGCUGUAAAACCAUGUGCCUAUUCUUUUAAAUGUGUCAAUUUAUACUGAUCUUAUUACCUUGUAGACUUUAUUUAAGUAAUAAAUGUUUUCUUGUCAUGCUUUCAAUUUCUGGAUUUUUGUUUCUUUUAUUUUGCUAUACAUUCGCUGCGUGUUUGCUUCCUUACAAGAAAGUACAAUUGUCAAAUAUUACUGAUGUCGUCAUCUAUUAAAUCGUUUUAUUUAUAGAAAAUAAAGAAUAGUUGUGAAAUUA